ACCCCUUUAAUAAGUAAUUCCUGCAUGCGCUCUAUAGUUGUUCUCCAGAACCUUGUCCAUGGUCCUGAAUCCAUUCCUCUACAUAAGAGCCACAACGUUGCUGUCCAUGGUGCUAAAUCAUAGUCUUCAGAUUCUUCAGGGGGAUUUCUUCUGUCCAGAGGAUGCAUUAGUAGAUAGACCAGAGAGUUACAGAUAUUGUAUCGCAUAUAACCAAUCCAGCGCUUCGGCCACUGCUAAGCACACAUCAGAAUCCGCUCCACAUUACACCCGGUAAACAUAUGAUCAGAAGUCAGGGGGUGUUCCUGAUACAGCUCGCAAUGCUUCAUUACGCUAAUCUUGUAAAGCGCAGCUGAACUGUUGCAGAUAGCGCUGACGGGACCUCUAUCUCCGCGCUUCACAUCAGCGUUCCUCAUGUUUCGGCGGGGACCAUCAAGGAGCCCGCUGGGGGCCGAGGAUGCCCACAUCUCCAGCAAAUGCAACGGAGAAGGUUGCCAUUGAAACACCACUGCUCUGCAUCACUGCUAGCAUGGUUGCCUAGCAACUAGACAGCAGAUGCCUGCAUCCCUCAUCUUCUGAGUGAAAAUACAUAGAGGGAGAGAGGGAGAGAGAGGGGGGAAAAGCACACCUCUCAUCCGUAAUAUGCACAAUCAUUAUUUUUGUGAUUUAAUUUGAUCCUUAAUCUCGAUCUGAUAUCCACAUCACUUGCAUUUACUAGAUCUAUCGGAGUUAGUGUUUUGAGGGUGUGCGCGUGUGUAUGUGUGUGUGUGUGUGUGUGUGUGUGCGUUUGAGCUGAAGAAUGUGGCAAAGUGGGAGAAAUGCAUGAAAAUGCGCCGGGAGACUCUCGCAGCAUUUUAAUAGGUUGCAGCGCGCGAGCCGACAAGUGCAGACAUCAUUCCUCCGCGAGACGAGCGCGUGGACAGACUGCCUUUCCUCUUUAGUUCGCUUUCGCUUUUUAUUUUUUUCCCCCUCAACAAGCACCGGCAUUUUACUCCGCGCGUUCAAGAGUGGACCAUGUCCUGCUCUCUCCUUUUGAAACCCGAGCGCGUCCGUCGGAUGCUUUGCUUCCACUCUUGAUUAUUAUUAUUUCUCUCUCUCUCUCUCUCGGUUCCUGGAGGUGCUCUUGCAAUUGAAGUGUGUCAUAAUUUGCUCCGAACAAGAGAUGGGGGAUUCAAUCGAGAGAUAAAGAGGGGGCUUUUCCAGCAAACCAACAGCCAAAUUGGACAUUUAAACGCGUUUUAUUGAGAUACGAACACACGUCGUGCGCCUUUUUUCCCUUUUUUUAUGAUUUUAUCUUGUGUUUCCUACGAGGUUGUAGUGUAGUCUACGAGCUCUGACGUCUGCAUCAGAUAUUCUCUGCUGCAUUUCUUUAAAUGUGCAUCUUUUCUCCCUAGUGACUUUGAGAGGAACAUCUCGACCAUCAGCAGCAGGGGUUGCAGAUUUCUGAUUUUGCUUCACCUCCAACCUCUAUAGCUGAGUUGGAUUAAAUACAAAUAUCUGAUACUGUGGAGCAACCCCCCUCUUUGAAGGAGCAUCAUGGCUUGUCCGCAGCUUUGGACCUGGAAGCUGCGACGACAGGUGUAGAACAAGACUGACUCUCAUCCAUCUUUUUUUUUUUUUUAUUUAUUUUAUUUUCAUCAUCAUUAUUUUUCCUCCAUGGUUUGGUCGAUGAAGACUUCCCAGCACUUUUUCCAGAAGUCCAGCUGAGAGAGAUGUCUGAUCUUCUGGUGUUGAUCGAGGGGGUCUCUGACCUGCACGGAUUUUCAUAGCUGACGACAAAACAAGCUGGGACCCGCGUUUAAUAUUUUUAUUUUUGGUUAUUUUUUAUUUAUUUUUUAUUUAUUUUUUUGUGGCUGUUGUUGCAGGGCCAUCGCAAAUGUGUGCACUGGUGCUUUGAUUUCAAGUCAUCCAUUUGGCCUUUUCCCACUCCCAUCACCCUUCUGUUGGAUUCUUUUGAUUUUUUCUCCCCUUUUUUACAUCAGUUUGGAGCACAGGCGGCUGGAUUACUGAAACAGAAUUAACGGAUUUGUGGAAAUGUUGGGUCCUCAAGAAGACAAAUUAUGUGGAAUUGUUUCUGCUCUGGCGGCUUUGUCCUUUGUCUGCUUUGCACAAAGCUCCUCCACUGGAAGUACCGGAAUAUCUGUGGCCAAGACCACGGUGGACAAAUUACUGAAGGGGUAUGACAUCCGUCUCCGGCCAGACUUUGGAGGUCCUCCAGUCAUCGUGGGAAUGAGUAUAAAUAUCGCCAGUAUUGACUCCAUUUCAGAAGUCAACAUGGACUACACCAUCACCAUGUAUUUCCAACAGAGCUGGAGGGACAAGCGCUUGGCCUACGCCGAGAUGGCGUUGAACCUGACUUUGGACAACCGUGUGGCGGAUCAGUUGUGGCUCCCGGAUACUUAUUUCCUGAACGACAAGAAGAGUUUCUUGCACGGAGUGACGGUGAAAAACCGGAUGAUCCGCCUCCAUCCGGACGGCACAGUUCUGUACGGACUGAGAAUAACUACGACGGCAGCUUGCAUGAUGGACCUGAGACGGUACCCUCUCGAUGAGCAAAACUGCACCCUGGAGAUCGAGAGCUAUGGGUACACCACAGAUGAUAUUGUGUUCUUCUGGCAAGGAGGGGAUAAUGCCGUAACCGGUGUGGACAAACUGGAACUGCCUCAAUUUUCCAUUGUGGAGCUACGUCUUGUGUCCAGGGAAGUGAGGUUUACCACAGGUUCAUACCCUCGGCUGUCGUUGAGUUUCCGCAUCAAGAGAAACAUCGGCUACUUUAUCCUGCAGACUUACAUGCCCUCCAUCCUGAUCACAAUCUUGUCCUGGGUCUCCUUCUGGAUUAACUACGAUGCCUCUGCGGCUCGGGUGGCCCUGGGUGUAACUACGGUGCUCACAAUGACAACCAUCAACACCCACCUGAGGGAGACCCUCCCAAAGAUCCCCUAUGUGAAAGCCAUCGAUGUCUACCUCAUGGGCUGCUUCGUCUUUGUUUUCCUGGCCCUGCUCGAAUAUGCCUUUGUAAACUACGUGUUCUUUGGACGGGGACCGCAGCAGCAGAAAAAGAUCAACGAAAGGCUAAACAAAGCCAACAACGAGCGUCCCCGCUACGAAGAGAAGCGUCUGAGGGAACAGGACUCCAUUUCAGCGCCGUUUCAAAGCAACACCCUCAGGUCAUACACACAGCGAAGAAAUCUGUAUCUCGAGGAACAAAGAAAAGUCGGGGUGGACGCUUACGGAAACAUUCUUCUCACCACACUGGAGAUGAACAAUGAGGUGAUGCCGUCCGACGUGGGCAGCAGCGUCAGUGACUCACGGAACUCCGUCAUGUCCUUUGACAGCUCCGGAGUGCAGUUCCGCAAGCCCAUGGGUUCAAGGGAUGGGUUCAGCCACCACUCGUUGGACCGCAGUGCCAUGCGCAGUCGUGCCAACUGCCGGCUAAGGAGGCGCUCGUCCAAGCUGAAGCUCAAAAUUCCCAACUUGACGGAUGUUAGCACCAUUGACAAGUGGUCCCGGAUCAUUUUUCCUAUCACUUUUGGAUUCUUCAACCUUAUCUAUUGGUUGUAUUAUGUGAAUUGAUACGCGUUCCCUUAGGAAACAUGGGCCAUAUUUUGAGAGCACAUUAAAUUGGCUUUGAUACAAUUGGUAAAUAUGUGUACACAUAUAUGAAAAGUUGAUACAUAUGUAUAUGCAUAUUUCUAUAUAUUAUAUUUCUAUAUACACACACAUGCGUGUGUAAAAUCUAAAGGACUUUUCUGAUGUAAAAAA